AUGAGCACAUUUGCAUACAAAGCACACUUGGCUGCUCGCUCAAAAAAGUCUCAUCACCACGACAACCCUCCGCUAAAGCGCAUCGAAGAGCCUGUCUCACAAACCUUUCAUCCCCCUGUGUUGGCAAGAGCUCACGCUCAUCAAUUCAUUCACUCUCAGGGGGGUGACUUGAGUGCUACUGCGCCGCGCGCAACUGCGCAUCCUCCUGUAUCUAAUAAAUUUGCUGGCCAGGGUUCUUACCGAGCCCGCAUCUUCGAACGGUACGGUAUCUCCUAG